GUACCCCACACGUGCCGUGAACGUUUGGACCGACUGCAUGCAACACAGCUUACAGAGUUCGUAGCGCUACGAAAAUAUUUCCACGUUGAACAUAUCUCGCGUCUUGUCGUCCCUUUCUCAGCCAGGUGAAAUUUAAUAGUCCUCCGUGAAGCAUUUCGCCGAGAGGGCCGGAAUACUAGAAAAAACAAGUCACAAUGACUGAAGCCGCAGUGAACCCAAAGGCCUACCCGCUGGCUGACGCCACGCUGACCAAAACUAUCCUGGACCUGGUGCAGCAAGCCUCCAACUACAAGCAGCUGAGGAAGGGAGCUAAUGAAGCCACUAAAACCCUGAACAGAGGCAUUGCUGAGUUUAUUGUGAUGGCUGCUGAUGCUGAACCACUGGAGAUCAUCCUCCACCUGCCGCUGCUCUGUGAGGACAAGAACGUCCCGUACGUGUUUGUCCGCUCCAAGCAGGCCCUGGGUCGGGCCUGUGGGGUGUCACGCCCCGUCAUCGCUACCUCAGUCACCAUAAAGGAGGGGUCUCAGCUCAAGCCGCAGAUUCAGUCCGUUCAGAUGGCUAUUGAGAGACUGCUCGUCUGAUUUUUGUUGCAUUGUUGUGACAAAUUCUCCUUGAAAAAAGGAGGGGAAAAAAUAUUCCAGUAUGAAAAUAUGCUUGUCGUCUGUUUGAUAAAAAACAGUUAAGCAUGACAAGAAAAUAUAGAAUUUUUUUCUUUUUUACAUUUUAGGACAGUUCGUCCAGUUCAGUGUAUCAGUUUGCCAUGGCAUCUCUUGAUUCAUAAUAAAAUAAUUUUUUUAUUUAAA